AUGGGAGGAGGGAAGAUGAGGAAAGAUACAUAUUUAUGUCAUUUGAUAUGUAACGACGACGACGACAACGACGGCGACAGUGGUGACGGUGACAAUGACGAUGCAACUGUGGAUAUGGCGACUAUGAUACUGCUAAUAGCAGACACAACGCUGAUGACAGUCAUCACGAUGAUGAGGACGACGAUGAUAACGGUGAUAAGGUGA